CGAAGCCCUCCGCCAUGCUACUUCCGGCGCUCCUCCGUCGUUCCCUCAUCCUUAGUGGCACCCCAUCUUCCACCGCUCGCGGCGGCCACAGCCUCCAUUUCUCGGUUUUUCACGAGCUGAAAUCUACAUUCGCCUUGAGCAACACCUCCGAAACCAUUUCCGAAGAGAAGAAUGAGAAGAAAGGAUUUAAUAGAUGGUUCACGUUGCCUCCCUACACUGCGACUGUCGACGGCUCGGUUUUAGGUAAUCGAAUUCUGAACCAAGGAUCUCAAGCAGAAGAUGAAACUUCCACUACUGCAAUCACCGCUCUGAAAUGGGUGCUUCGCUGCUGCCCGGAGCUGCCAAGGAGCCUCGUACAGAAGCUAUUUCGCCUUAGAAAGAUUCGAAGAGGUUCUUCUAUGAUUGAGAGUUCGGAAUGUAAUUUGGAAGCUCAAAACCAACUUAAAAGAGUGGCAGCCAAGGAUAUUUUGAACGUAGGUGAUCAAAUUUUUCUCCCUAUCUCGGUUCAAGUAUUUCCUAGAGAGAGAGCACGGGAUUAUUGCAAUAAAGAAGAAGAGAAAUUUAUGCAUAGUCUAGUUUUGUAUAAGGAUCCAGCAAUAAUUGUUAUCAAUAAACCUCCUGGCUUGCCUGUUCAGGGUGGUAUUGGCAUCACAAGGAGUUUAGACGAACUGGCUGCAAGUUGUCUAAGUUAUGACUACUCAGAACCACCUCGGCUUGUACAUAGGCUUGACAGGGACAGUAGUGGCAUCUUGGUAAUGGGCAGGACUUCCACAAGUACUUCAGUUCUCCAUUCUAUCUUCCGUGAGAAAACUUUUGGGGCAUCAAAACAUCAUGUUGAUAGUGAGAAAAAGAUUUUGCAGAAAAAGUAUUGGGCACUUGUAAUUGGUUCUCCGAGACGUCCAAAUGGAUUGAUUACAGCCCCACUAGGAAAGAUUGUGCUGGACGAUGGAAGAUCUGAGAAAAUUAUGGUCAUUGACAAUGCCGAAUCUAUGGCUUUUCAGCAAGCAAUUACUACUUAUAGAGUGAUUAAAUCUCAUCAUGGAUACACUUGGUUGGAGUUGUGUCCCCUCACUGGAAGAAAACAUCAGCUUCGUGUACACUGUGCUGAGGUAUUAGGAACACCGAUAGUUGGCGACUACAAAUAUGGAUGGCAAGCACAUAGAAAUUGGGAACCAUUUCCUUCUAAUUUCCACAAGAACCAAGGAAAGAAACAAUCCCUUCCAUUUGGUCUUGAUUUUGAAAAUGGAAGUGUUGCAGAAAAUAGCCCUCGCCUACACCUUCACUGUAAACAAUUGGCUUUACCAAAUGUUUCUGGCGCACUGCCUAAUGAUUCUCUAGAUCAUGACUUCUCAGAAUUGGAAUGUCUGGAGUUGGAUGCUCCUUUGCCUUCAUACAUGCGGAGAAGUUGGGAUAUCAUAAAUAAUUAAAUUGCCAUCAAAUUAUCAAAUUGAAGGAAACAAAGCCCUGCUUUAACCUUCGCCCUGAGCAAUUGAUAUUUUACCCAAUCUCUGCAAAAUGAUUCUCUCGCAGGGACAGAGUGCGGCGGGUAACUCGGGUUGGAUGCUCCUUCACCUUCAGAUGUGCAAAGAGGUUGGGAUAUUGUAACUCAUCAAAUUGUGACCAUACUACAAGAAUUUAGAAGUUAUUACAUUCAUCAGCAUCAUCUUAGAAUUUAGUUUCUUUAGCCAUGUUCUCUGCCUCUGGAUUACUCAAUCAGGAAUAGUUAUGGGGUUGCUUCUUGAUGCUAUUCCAUAUUUGAAACAUGGUUAUUUUACAGUCAAUGGAGCUGUCUUCUUCUGCUGUAUUUGGCUGAAUCCCCAUUUUGGAAGGCAUGAAGCAAGAAGAAUUUACACGACUGUCUUGGCAUUGCGUAUCCAAUUUGGAAAAAGCUGAAAAGGUUGGUCCAGACUGAACUCUGUCAAAUCUGAAGCACCGAUUUGCUAAACUCAUUAUGUAGUUUCUCUUUUCUCGCGCAGUCUCAUGUUAUGAAUCAUCUUCAAAAUUUCAUAGCAUUUUCCUUCUAGUUGCCAUGUUUUUCCCACUAACAAUUGUAAUUUAAAGUUGUUAAUAAUUUAGUAUUUAUUGUGAA